AUGUCUGCUCGCCGCGGCGUUGGUCUUGGAGCUUUCGCACAUCGCUCCCAAACUACCCAGUCGUACGCCAACCAUGGAGCCAACCUACGCUCAACCCACCUAACAUCCCUCCAAACCCAGCUCUCCGUUUUCCAGUCCUUACUGCACACCUUCGCACUCGAGCAUGGCGAGACAAUCAAAUCGAACUCGACAUUCCGUGCUGAAUUUGCGCGCAUGUGCCAUGCGAUUGGAGUCGACCCUCUUGCCGCAAGUAAUGUGAAAGGAAAAGGCAAGCGGGGGCUGGUUUCGGGGUGGGCUGAAGGCGGGGGGAGCUUUUGGACGCAGGUGCUGGGAGGGGACGUGAAUGAUUUCUACUUCGAGGUUGCGGGGAGGGUCGUGGAGCUGUGUAGGGAGACCAGGGCGGAAAACGGUGGGUUGAUCAGUGUGGAGGAAUGUCGGAGUCGGGUGGCUCGAGGAAAGGCCAUUGGCGGUGGGUUGCAGGUUUCCGAAGAUGAUGUACUCCGCGCUGUCAAGUCCCUAGAACCUCUGGGCUCCGGCUUCUCAAUCGUCAAAGUGGGAAGCAAGCAGUUCGUGCGCUCAGUUCCCAAGGAACUCAACACAGAUCAAGCCACCGUGCUCGAAGUCAUCCAGCUUCUCGGCUUUGUAACCGUUUCCAUGCUACAACUUAAUCUAAAAUGGGAAAAGGCACGAGCUCAGACCGUUAUCGACGAUCUUCUUACCGAUGGGUUGGUAUGGCUUGAUGCCCAGUGCCCCGAGGAGAAAGAAUAUUGGUCGCCACAGAAUCUGCUCGACGAUGCUUCUUGA